CGGCACGGCAGCAAAGAAAGGGAGAAAUACCGCGUCACGCCAGCUGCAUGGCGUUUUGUGUGACUGGGGAAGUUUAGGGCCGUUUGGGGACACUCGUUUCACAGCAGAAGAUAAUUAUCUCGUGGUCUUCUGAGCACACAUGUCUACACACUCACACCAGUGGAUUAACGGUGGUGUUUGUAUUUUGGUCCAGCACAGGAUUUACUGAAAUUUGUGUACAUUGUUACUGUUAAGAUCUAUAGGUCAGUGUUAUGCUAACGUGAAGAAGAGCUUGAUCGUCAGAAGCCUGUUGCAACGUUGGCCACACAGGUCACUUAGUCAUGGACACUCGGCAUUGGUCAGUCCUGCUGCUGCACUUUGCAGUGUUACUAACAGAGAUUCAUACUGAGACUACCAAACCAGACACUCCUACACCCCCUCCAAAUACAACAACUACAACUGUCACAACAACCACUGGGUCUAGUACAACAGCUGGACCUAAGAAGUUGAUAGCCAUCACUUUACUGGAUCCUCCAUUUGUGAUGCAUGAGGACAGAGGAACACGUUUCACAGGAUUGGCCAUAGAAGUCUUUCGGGAAAUCGUCCAACAGACUGGCUACGAUAACUUUGACCUCAAGCUACCUAACGAUGCUGAGAAAUAUAACUGGGAGGAGUCUCUGCUACAAAUAAAUGACCUUGUAGGCAGAUUACGAUCCAAUGAAGCAGAUGUGGCCAUUGGAGCCUUCACUCUAACACCUAAUCUGGCGUCUGAGGUACAAGUCAGUCAGCCCAUUCUCCACACUGGCUACAAGCUUUUGUACAAAAUACCAGACUCCUGGCACCCAGGGGAGGCAAUGGUGACUCUACUUCGACCUUUCUCCCCUGGACUUUGGGUUCUCAUCAUCUUCAUGACAGUCAUCACCAGUUUAGUUCUCUAUGCCAUUGGCAGGUUCAGCCCAUACGAGGACAUAGCUUUUGUGGGCAAGACCUCAACAUAUGAAGGCUUGAAUGUACCUAAUUCAUUUUUAUACACAUACAGCACACUGAUGUGGCAAGGUUACACUGCUGCUCCGAAGUCUUUCUCUGGGAGAGUGUUAGUUUGUAUCUGGUGGCUGUUCUCCAUCAUGACCUUAGCUUCCUACAUCGCUGCUCUUAGUGUCCUGCUUUUUAGGGUCCCUGAAAUUCGAACUUUGCCGUUUUCAAAUAUGGACGAAUUUUGUCGUCAAAACAAAGUGGAUAUGUUGAUUGUAGCCAAUUCUUCUAGCUUCAACUACUUGAGCAACUCCAAAAGGUUAUUGGAGCGUAGACUUUAUCAAAAGCUGAAACCUGAAAAUGUCUUUGUGGGAGAUAUAGACAAAGCUGUUAAAAAGAUGAUGGCUGCUGAUGGGAAAUUAGCUCUUUUCCUGGAGUCAUCUAUCGCUCAGUACCUGGCCACCCAAGAUCCGUGUGACAAAAUGGUGAUUGGUGAAAGACUCGGUGACCAUUCCAUCGGCUUUAUUUGUCAGAAGAACUCAACUGUUUGUGAUAAAUUGAAUGUAGGCAUUUUGAAAAUGCAGGAAGAUGAAAAAAUAGAUGUGUUAAAAAAGAAAUACUUUCAAGGUGGGUGCUUGGCAGGCAAAGGCAGAAGUUACAUCUUUGAGGGUCUUCCAUUUUUUGAUACAUUUGGUGGAGAGCCCGAUGCCAUCAUGCCCAUGUCUAUCACCAUCACCAGAUUUUCAUCAGCUUUCAUCAUUUUGACAUUGGGGAUUGUAAUAGCAGGGGUCCUCCUGGUCAUUGAAAUUUACUGGUCCAAAAAAAGAGGUUCUCCGGUUCCUCAAAGAAUCAAUCGAGGAGGUAUUGAUGAUGAUACUGAGAGAAUAAGAAAUGAGUACCGUGACGAGGUGGAGAGGGCAUAAAGACAUUGAUGUUUUCAUUGCAUUCCUUCAGUCUGCUCACGUGUGUGUGUGGGUGUGAUCUAUUUUUAAAAUAUGUUGUUCAGAGUCCUUGUAUUUUUAGUUCAUGACAUUUAUAAGUAGCUCAUUGUCAGACAUUUUAUGUUUAAGCCUUAGACUGAAGGAUGUUGUCUACUCCACGCUGUGGAUUUGUGAUCACAAAUGUUGAUAUAUUUUUGUUAUUUUCCUGCUUAUGGUUUGAUGUUGUUCAUUUGUUCAUCUUGUCAAACAAAAAUACUAUUGAGCCUUGAAAACUUGGCCUAAUGGGGUGUCAGCGUAAGUGAAAUUCCUGGGAGCGGGGUUACAAAAGUAUGUAGUAUUGGCUUGAAAAUUCAAGAGAAUUAACUUUUCAAAUGCCAUUAAACAAGGAAAGGCAGGUUACUUAUAUAGGCCUAGACAUGGUUGUCUGGUCAUGCGGUUUGCGCGCUGGACUGUCGUUCAGAUUUAUCGAUGGUCCAGGAUUCAAACCUUGCCCACUCUCAUCCCCCGUUGUCCUGUGGGAGGUUUGGACUAGGAAGUAAUUAUCUUCAACUCUGAAGGAACAUCGGAAACAUGUAAAAAUGUUUAUAACAUUUUAGACAUAGAGCUUUUUACCACAUUAAAUCUUUGAAUACAGUACCUCAGGAACAUACUAAGGCUGUCCAUAAGAAAUAAUACAUGAAAAAAAACUGUCACCUUUUUUUUGUUUGUUUGCAGCUUUAUUCUUAGCAACAGUCAAUCCAUUACCAACAAAAAAAAUUUUUGCUAUUGAAAAUACUGAAAGGGGGUUUCUGUUGUUGAAAAUAUUGAAAGGUGGUUUCAACAGCAUUAUAGUCUCUUAGGAGCUUUGGCAGUGGAAUUGCCAAUGUCUUUAGUGUUUUCUCUGUAAGAGCAUCAGACAAUCAUGCUUUCAUUAUGGUGUCAUGUAAGAUUGCAUGAGGGUCAAUGUGUGACAGAGUUAUCUGCACUGUUGGGUUGUCUAAGUACUGUUUACAGGACUCUAUGUAUCAGGUUUGUUAUUCAGUAGAGUGAAUCAAAAUAAAUGGAAUGACAAGUCGAGGAUUUGAAAGUAGAACAAGGUUUAAAACUGCGGAGUGAAUCAAAAUGAAUUGAAUGACAACUUGGUGACUUGAUGAGUUGGUUGGUGGCAAUCAGUUGUAUUUUAUUUAGUCUAAAUUUUAAGUGUAUUAGGCUUUUGAAAUACAUUUUGAGCAAUUUCUGUCAAGAGAUGGUGAUGCCAGCACAUAAUGUUGUGCUAUCUUUUUUUUUUAUAAAAUCGCUGGGUUAGAGAUAUAGAGCAAUUUAGUUUCAGAAACCUUUUUUUUUUUAUAAAAUAGCUGGGUUAGAGAUAUAGAGCAAUUUAGUUUCAGAAACCUUUUUUUUUUUUAUAAAAUAGCUGGGUUAGAGAUAUAGAGCAAUUUAGUUUCUGAAACAUGUUUUUUUUAUUU